AGAGGACGAGAGGGGGUGGGAGGGAGAGGACGGACAGGGAGGAAAAGUACGAAUCACCAGGACGAAGACUGUGGAAGAUAGAGGAGAAACGGGAAACGGGUCUUGUGUCUUCGUUUCGUUUCUUCGGGAUAUACGUUUACGAAGAGAAGGACGGAGGAACAAGCGACAGCCACGAGCGAGAGGACGAGGAGGAAGCGGGACAUGCUGGAACCACACUGGAGACCCGUCCAGGGACACAUCGGUGAGAAUCCGUUCGACAACGGUUCCUGGGGAAAGGAGCAGUUCCAGCCAUCGACGGUUCCUUGGCAGCUGAAUCCGCGCGGCCACGCUCGUCCCAGUGACGAUGGCAUAAUGGAUCAUGACACAGACGAAGACGGCGCGAUCAACUUGUCAACGUCACAGCGAACCUCCGCCGCCACCACCCCCAGUGGUGACACCCCCUCGUACGGGCAAGAUCAACAAGACAACGACCAGGCUACUUCGCUGUUUGCAGCCCUGAAGCAGCAGCAGCAACAGCAACAACCGCGCGACACUCUUCCUUCGUCGAGGGAUCGGGAGCAGCGUGAUCGUAUGUCGAUUCGUAGCCGUGAGAACAGCCGAAGCAACAAACUAACUGGCGGUAUUACGGAGCAACAACAGGCACAGCAACAGCAGCAGCAACAGGAGUUAACGAUCGAGUAUCAGAGCAAUGGAAAGCUCAGUCCAGCUGGGCACACAGUGACAGCAGCACCCAUGACCCAGGAAAAGCAACCGAUCAUCACGCAGCAAUCGCAACAGCCGAGUUCAGGGGCGCCUGGUCCCCAACCGAGUCCCCAUCAGAGUCCACAAGCCCCUCAGAGGGGUUCACCGUUGAAUCCAUCCCAGGUCCCUCCGCAAGGAGGACCACCAGGGGCACAACUCUCUCAGAAUCCCACUCAGGCGAUGCUCAGCCCGGCUAGUGGCAUCCAUCAGAUGCAACAGCUGCUGCAGCAACACAUACUCAGCCCCACGCAACUGCAGUCGUUCAUGCAGCAACAUUCGCUCUACCUGCAGCAACAACAGCAGCAACACCAUCAAGACUCCGCGUCGGAACAUGCGGCCAAUCAGGAGCGAUUCGGCUACUUCUCGUCCCUCAAAGACCAUCAACACCAGUUCGCGGAACUGGGAAGGAAGAAGCUGGAACAUGCGAUACAGCAACUGCAGGAACAGUUGCAGCUGAAUGUCAUCCAGCAGACGCAUCUUCUACAGACCGCUGAUAAGAAGAAGGCGUCUGCACCCCUCCAGCAAUUGGCGCAUCAACAGCAACGCCUCAUACAGCAGCUACAGAUCACGCAGAGUCAGUAUCUGCUGCAGCAGAGUCUGAGUCUUCAGGGUCACAACCCUUCCCCAGGUCUCCAGCCUGGCGAUGGUCUGCCUAUGUGGAAAUCGGACACACCGGAUGGUCCGGAAUCCCACCAGAACUCGAACGUUCCAAAAUCCGGGGCUGGACUCAAUGGACUUCUCAAUUCGACAGUGUCGAGUCGGCGGUCGGAGAUGAACGGAACCACUCCACUGGACGAGAAACCGCUGGACGUUUCCUCCAACGAUAAGGCUCAUCCCCUGUACGGUCAUGGGGUCUGCAAGUGGCCGGGCUGUGAAGUUAUUUGUGAAGACUAUCAAGCAUUCCUUAAGCACUUGAACACGGAGCACACGCUGGACGACCGAUCGACGGCGCAGGCAAGAGUUCAGAUGCAAGUAGUCUCGCAGCUGGAGAUUCAGUUGCAGAAGGAGCGGGACCGGUUAACCGCCAUGAUGCACCAUCUGCACGUGGCGAAACAAAUGGCUUCCCCUGAACCACCUAAGUCAUCCGAGUCAUCGACGGGCUCGAGUAUAUCAAAGUUAAAUCUCUCCACUGGCCUGAUGAACCAGCCACCACCGAACUUCGGCGUCUCCCAAAUGUCACCAGUCUCGAUGUCCGCGUUGGUUUCGGUGGUCAGGUCGCCGGCAGGUGGACAGCUGCCACCUUCGGCUGGUGGCGCACCCAUGCCACCAAUUCCAAACAUGUCGAACAUGUCUGGGAUGUCACCGUUGCCGAAUAUGCCGGGCAGCAUGCCCAGCAUGGCAGGGCCCAUCAGACGACGUAUCAGUGAUAAAUCCGCGCUAUCCAUAGCAGGAGGACUGUAUGACGAGGGCACUGUAAGGCGCAGAGUAGCCGUCGAUAGAUCUGGAAUAGAUAUUAGCGAAGAGAUUCAACGAAAUAGGGAAUUUUACAAGAACGCCGAAGUCAGACCGCCCUUCACGUAUGCAUCAUUAAUCAGACAGUCGAUCAUCGAGUCGCCGGAGAAACAGUUGACGCUAAACGAGAUCUACAACUGGUUCCAGAACACAUUCUGCUUCUUCCGGCGAAACGCGGCCACGUGGAAGAACGCGAUCCGCACCAAUCUAUCAUUGCACAAGUGUUUUGUGCGCUAUGAGGACGACUUCGGGUCAUUCUGGAUGGUGGACGACGUCGAGUUCGUAAAGCGGCGGCAUCAGUCCCGCGGCCGCCCCAGGAAAUAUGACCCAACCCCAUCACCCACUCCACCCCACCUCUCCGCACAGGGUGUCCCGUCGAAAAGUCCAACCCUGACACACAGCCCGACCAUGUACGGUGACGCAUUGAACGCCAAUCUCCAGUAUUUCCAGGUUGCGCUCGGGGACUCUAACAUGGGAUUUCUAAACAACUCGAUGUGCACGUCGACGACAACGAGUCCCGACAAGGAUCACGUGUUAGCCCAUAACGAUUUAAUGUCACCGUUGGAUGAACCAGCCGUGCACAUAAAGCAGGAGGGCCAGAGCCCGGAGGGUGGUAAGCUGACGAGAUUAAUAAAGCGGGAGUUGGUGGACGCGCCGGCGGAGCAAGAGGGCGAGGAUGAUCAGGUGGACGAGAGGGAGUAUCCUGAGAGUCACGGGCACGAUUCUGGUCAGGACGAGGACAUGGCCGAGGACCUGUCGAUGGCACCUGACAUAAUGACCCCGGAGAAUCAGAUCGAGGCGUAGUAUCGUUCCUUACGUGGCGAAUAGGUUCGAGCUGUCGCGUCGAUGUCCGGUCGUGAGGGAAGAGCGACAAGUAGAAGAAGAAGAAGCUUUUCUUCCUCGUCGACAGAGAGCCAAGACCAGGGAGUUAGUGGCGCGAACACACGAUGGACGAAGAGGGAAUAUAUGUCAGAAGAAGAUGAAGAAGAAGACGAUGAAGAAGACACGAAGAAGACGAUGAAAGGCCCCUAGGACCAUCCAACCCUCCACUCCUCCUUCGUAAGAGAAUCCCCAUUUAUCAUAUCCAAAGCCGUGAUACGUUUUAUCAAGCGGCUUUUAAAGUCAAACAAGUAAUAGAAGAAGAAGAAGCAGAAGAAGAAGAAGAAGAAGAAGAAGAAGAAGAAGAAGAUGAUGAUGAUGAUGAUGAUGAAUAUGAACGAAUAGGAAAAACGUACGCUGUGCGUGAACGAUCGCGACGAAAAUAGGAAAAAAAAAGAAGAUUCGUCGAGCGAGAAUCGACGAAAAUAUCGUGAUAAAACGGCGCGAUCCUUCGAUCCAUAUCCUUACUCAAGCAAUUUGCGAACAACGAUGUUUCUUUUACGUUCUCCAAAGUCCGUUUUGUUUCUUUUUUCGGA